AUGGCUACAUGUUCGCAAUCAGCGUUAGUUGUGCCAGCUGAGCCAACCACACAACACAUAGAUUUAGGCACACGUAAAGAACAUCAUUGUAAUUGCUACCAAAAUAAAAAGACUGAUCAUGAGGGUACACAGAUUUAUCAGCUGGCUAACGCAAUUGCGGACCUCAAGCGGCCUACACAGGUUUGUGAACUCCUUAAAUUUGACGGGCGCGUCGCGGACUGGUUCAUUUUCAAGAAGGCGUACGACCAGUCGAAGGCACACUUCACCCCAAGUGAAAAUGUCGCCAGACUUAGCGCUGCACUGUGUGGAGCUGCUAAGGAGGCCGUCGCAGUGCGCUUGGUUGCUGCUGAUGAUCCGGACCAGAUAAUGAAGGCUCUUGAGGUUAGAUUUGCACAGCCUGAAGUCAUCAUUCUUCACCAGCUUGCCAUGGUAAGAGCCCUUCCUAAACUCGGUCUUUAUGACAACUCUCGCGAAUUGAAUACUUUUGCCUGUCGUGUUCGCAAUUGUAUUGAUCUAGUUCGCCUACUCAAUCAAAGUGAAUAUCUCGCCUCGCCAGAGUUAUCCAACUCCAUCAUUACUAAAUUGACCCCGCUUGUCAGGUCUAGAUGGGCUGACUUUGCGGCGGCAAGAGUUGGCUCUGGCAAAUUUAAAUUAGAAAUUUUGUCGGAAUUUUUGGAAAACGAAGCAUAUUUACAAACGAAAUUUGGCAUUGUCAUGUCAGAGCCGACGUUUGUCAAAAGUCAAAGUCAGCCUGUCAAGACCAAAGACAAAAUUUAUCAGAAUGUAGUUUUGUCUAGUUCGCCUAGUCAACCAAAAAGUUCCGAAUCAUUGUGUAAAUAUUGCGCAACCGGUACGCACGAGGUAAGCGAAUGUAUAGGAUUCAAAUCGCUUGGUGUAGAUGAUCGGUGGCAGUGGGUCAUGGAUAAUAAGGUUUGCCGCAAAUGUUUAAGGAAGGGCUCUCAUCUGUAUAAAAACUGUAAAAAGCAAUGUGAAGUUGAUGGCUGCGUGGCGAAUCGUAGACAUCAUACGUUACUUCACAAGCUUAGGUCCGACCUGUCGGCUUCCACGACUCAACCGGAAGAGCAAGCUGCCAUCGUAGCGCAUAACGCUGCACCGAUCGUUAGUAAGCGACAACCGCUACUCAAGAUUAUUCCCGUGACGCUUUCAGGUAAAAAGGGUAGUGUCGAUACCUUUGCGCUAUUGGAUGACGGUAGUUCCGCGACGUUGUUAGAUAGAUCAGUUGCUAAUGCACUAGAGGAUGAGGGACCGAGAGAACCUCUGAGAAUUCAUUGCAUCGGGGGUCUCACUAAAUUGUCGGACGUCUCUUUUGUUAAUAUUAAAGUGAGAGGCCGGUACAGCUCAGACACUUUCGAGAUUCGCGCUCGUUCUAUCCCCAAUCUCAGUCUCAGCGCGCAAACUGCCAGCUUUGAUGAUGUCCAGCGAUUCAGUCACCUUACAGAUUUAGCCGACGUCUUAGCUUAUGGGGACGCUCAACCAACAUGCCUUAUAGGAACGGACAACUGGCAUCUUCUCUUGACCCAAAGCGUACGUCGUGGUACAAAAUCUGAGCCUGCCGCUGCCCUUACCCCUUUGGGCUGGGUACUUUUUGGUUUUAUGGGCAACACGGCCAGUUCGGUAGAAUUUGUCAAUCAUGUAAAUCAAGUUGAAGAUGACCAGUUGGACAAUAAUUUAGAACAUCUGGUUAAGAACUACUACAAAUUAGACUCCAUUGGCAUAGAAAAGAAACUUCAUAGUAGUCCUAGCGAUAAACGUGCUAUAGAAAUUCUAGAUGAGACUACGGUGAGGUUAACCUCUGGUCGCUUCCAAACUGGUCUUCUAUGGCGGGACAACAUUAAAAUCAUCCCCAACAAUAAGCGCUUAGCACUGUCCCGAUUUCAAAGUCUCGAAUCUAAAAUGGCUAAAGACAAAACUUACGCGACUUCCUAUAAACAGAACAUUCAGGGUAUGAUUGACAAAGGAUACGCGGAGCUUUGCUCUGGACCACCAACUGGUAACAUCACGUGGUACCUCCCGCAUUUUGGGGUCGUACACCCACACAAAAAGAAGUUACGUGUGGUGCACGAUGCGGCAGCGAAAUGUAACGGGGUGAGCCUGAACUCUAUGCUAUUAUCAGGUCCAGACUUGCUGCAACCCCUGCUUGCUAUUGUCAUGAGAUUCAGAGAAGGUAAGAUCGCUAUUACGGGGGAUAUAAGGGAGAUGUUCCCACAAGUAAAAAUUAGACCUGAGGACCGCGACGCUCAGCGCUUUUUGUGGAGGGAUGACCCUCAGUCCCCUCUCUUAGAAUAUAGGAUGUCUUCUAUGAUUUUUGGAGCAACGUCUAGCCCGUGUACAGCACUCUACUUGAAAAACAAAAAUGCUCUUGAAUUUCAGAAUUCUUAUCCGAAAGCUGCUCAGUCCAUUAUAGAAAAUCAUUACAUGGACGAUUAUCUUGAAAGCUUUGAUAGUGUAGAAGAGGCAGCUAGCUUAGCUUCGGAAAUAGUCACCGUCCAUAAGGCUGCAGGAUUUGAAAUGCGAUCUUGGGUCUCCAAUCAUGCUGAGGCUCUUACCUUAUUACCUUUAGACCUCUGCGCCACUGAAGCUUCUGAGGUAGGGUUAGGUCCAUCUUCUCCAUCGCGCAUUAGAGUUUUGGGAUUGACUUGGCUUGUUGGCGAUGACUCCUUGUCCUUUCUUAAGUCCAUCCCGAAAUUUCCCCCAACGCUUACGAAACGUUCUGCCUUGUCUUUGCUUAUGUCGGUGUACGAUCCGUUAGGGUUGAUAACGCCUCUUAUUAUAAAGGGUCGAAUUCUUUUCCAAAAGACAUGGAAGUUAGGUUUGGAUUGGGAUCAAAAAUUAUCUGAGGGGUUAGUUCUAAAAUACCAGUCGUGGUUCCGGGAACUUGAGAUCGUAUCAGGGAGCGCUAUUCCCAGAUGUUAUUCGGAGGGAAAGCAAGUUAUAGAAAGUCAGCUUCACGUCUUAUGCGACGCUAGCGAGCUAGCUUACGCUUGCGUUGCCUACUGGCGAUUUGUUUUAUCGGAUGGUUCAGUCAAAUUGGCGCUUAUAGGAGGCAAAGCUAGGCUCGCGCCACUAAAACCAGCGACUAUUCCGAGAAUGGAACUUCAGGCGGCGUUGAUAGGCGCGCGUUUUGCUGCUUACAUUAUUGAGGCUCACAAAAAUAACCCCUUUAAAACGUUUCUGUGGUCUGAUUCGAUUACAGUGCUGAAAUGGUUACGUAGCGACGCCUGCACAUUUAAGCCAUUCGUGUCCUUUCGUGUAGCCGAGAUCUCGGAUCUUACUGAUGUACAGUCUUGGAGAUAUGUCCCUAGUGGCUUAAAUGUUGCUGACGACGCCACGCGCGAUACAGCGGAGUUCUCUCUACAUUCACGUUGGUUCACUGGCCCGACUUAUCUUCUUUCACCGGAAGCUACGUGGCCUCGCGAACCGCUUCACGCUGAUUCUUCAACCACAAGUGAAAUAAAAAUGGUUGAAUGCUUGGUCGUACCUUCUACAGAAUCCCCGGCUCUUUCGCCUGUGGUCGCAGACCAUCGGAGAUUCAGCCGAUGGAUUCGCCUGCUCAGAGCCACAGCUCGAGCACACCAGUCGGCAAAAAUUUUUAGGACCUUAUUACCUCUAAAUUCUAAAUUGUUUCUAAAUUCACCUCGUUGCGAUCGAAAAUUACCUCUUUUAUCAGCCGACGACUUAAACUCGGCAGAGCAUCAUUUACUCAUGUCUGUACAACGCGAUUCAUUGUCCGAAGAGCUUGAUUGUGUUAACGCAGGACGCCCCGUUUCUAGAUUAAGUAAACUUAAGAACGUGUCCUUGCUCGUCUGUAACGGUCUUCUACGGUUAUCCGGUCGCACAUCCGCUUCAGAUGCCAUUGAGUCCCGCCCAAUUGUCCUUGAUGGAAAGCAUCAGAUAACAAGACUGUUGAUUCAUGACUACCAUAUACGAUACGCUCACGCAAACAAUGAACUCGUCGUCAACGAAAUGCGCCAGAAGUUCUACAUCAUCGGCCUGAGAUCUGCCGUCAAACAAGUUGCUUCAAGAUGUCAGCGUUGCAGAGUAUGGAAGGCUAGACCUGUGCCGCCGCCCAUUGGCGACUUACCAGACGUGCGGAUGGCCAUCUAUGAGCGCCCAUUCUCCUACGUCGGUUUGGACUAUUUUGGCCCUCUCAAUGUCACGAUCAGCCGGAAGCAUGCGAAAAGAUGGGUCGCGCUCUUUACCUGUAUGACUGUCCGAGCAGUUCACCUGGAAAUCGUCGAUAACCUGUCAGCGGACUCUGCGAUAAUGGCCCUACGCCGCUUCAUAUCUCGUCGAGGCUGCCCGAUUUGCAUCUAUUCUGACAAUGGGACGGCUUUCGUUGGGGCCUCUAAGAUGUUAGCGGAAGUCUAUGAGUUCGCGACCACCAAGCGGAUACAGUGGAAAUUUAUCCCGCCGUCGGCUCCUUUCAUGGGUGGAUGCUGGGAGAGAUUGGUACGGAACGUCAAGUCUGCGCUAUCCGCAACCUUGAAAGAACAGUCACCCAGAGAAGAGACACUCCACACCCUACUCCUUGAAGCAGAGGCUAUAGUUAACUCUAGGCCGCUGACUCACGUGUCAACGGAACCCGAUGCAGAGGAGGCGCUUACGCCGUUUACGUUCCUUAUCGGCACCCCUUCGUACGAUCUACAAACACGGCCGUUCGACGACACCGAUCUUUCCAGCCGGGCACAGUGGCGGAAGGCACAGCGUCUGGCCGACCAUUUUUGGCAGCGCUUCACCAAAGAAUACCUGCCCAGCCUAGUCCCUCGCCGCUCUUCACCGACGGCUUCUACGAGCUUCAUCAUUGGCGAUCUGGUGGUCAUAGUGGACGGGACUCUACCCAGGCGUUGCUGGCCACGUGGCCGCAUCGUUGCUACCUACCCCGGCAAGGACCGGAUAGUUAGGGUAGUGGAUGUUCAAACUAAAGGGGGUGUCCUGCGUCGGCCCGUAAAAAAAUUGGCCAAGCUGGUCGUUUCACCCUAA